AUGUUCGUGUGUGAACGUCGUUAGUGAGGGGAUACUUCAAAAUUCUUACCUGGGACCUAUUAUAGUGAUAUUUAUGCCGAUUCUGGCCGAGAAUGGUCAAAAAUAAGGCUUAGUUACGAUUUGUGGGUGUUUGAAAGGAAUAGAGGAGUCUUUUUAAGUGAAAAUAUUUCGGCGGGACGCACGCGGUCCUCGGACGCGGUCUCAAUAUGAAAUUCGGAUAUACAGUUUCGUUUCUCUUCUUUAUGGGAUUAUUGUCAUCUGAGGUUUGUUGGGGCUGUGUUGAGAAGCCCCUGGCCCUUAGGGAGGAACUAGCAGAUGUGGUCAUGACGGGCACGGUGAGGGCAAUGCACCCGGACGAUGUUAACCCCUCGAAACAAGUCGCAGAAGUUGAGGCGAAAAGGGUGAUGAAGGGUCGCAGUAUCGUCAGAGCGCUCCCCGGGAAACUGAACCGCCGGCGGAGGAAGAUGGUCUUCAUAGAGGGGAUCGGUGACCCGAAAUUUUGUGAAAGUUCUGUGAAGAAGUAUGACACUAGGAUCUUUUUACUGUCAACUAUGAGUAACGGACACCUGAGGCUGAAUUCAAGCGUGGUCCGACUCACUUUGAGGACCAUUGAAAGGACGGACGCAGCUGUAAAAAGCGUUGUUCCUGUUAGGAAGGUCAUUUAUGCCAAACCCCAGGACGACGGUUACUCUAAACAUAAGCAGCAAUAUACUAACAAGCCACAGAAUGAUUCCAAGGAUGUUCCCUACGUGCCUCGUCCUCCGCCAAAACAAAAACCCUGCGAGAAACUCUACUGUGCCUACGGUGCCGUCUGUGUUGAGAAAGACAACCAAGCCAAGUGCAAAUGUCACCAGGUUUGCGGCACGAUCUUCACGCCAGUCUGCGGAGAUGAUGGCGUCACCUAUACGAACGAGUGCCGACUACGCCUCGCGAGCUGUGACCAACAGAAGAGGAUCAAGGUCAAGCAUACUGGGAAUUGUCAUAAAAAGGACCCGUGUGCUGAGAAAAUAUGCGAAAACGGUGCGCGGUGUGUGCCGUCGGUGGAUGGGUUCAGCGCCCGCUGCCAGUGUAUCGAGAAAUGUUACGAUUACGGUGAUAGUAUGAAUAGUUGGCCAGUCUGUGGUGUGAAUGGCGUGGACUACAAGAACCUGUGUGAACUCAAGAAGACCUCAUGUUUACAGAUGAAGGAUAUCAAAGUGAAAUACUAUGGAAAAUGUGACCCCUGCAAAGAUUACAAAUGCGGUCCGUCCGAAGUUUGCCAAAUCAAAGAUAAUCGUGAACCGUUCUGCAGCUGUCGAGGCAUCUGUAAUUCCGAGUUUGCGCCAGUCUGCGCUAGCGAUGGCCGGACGUACAGCAACGAGUGCAUCAUGAACCGAGAGGCAUGUAAGGCUCAGAGGAAGCUACACGUCGUCAUGACGGGCGAGUGCACACAAGCAGAGAAAACCAGUUCAACUACUACCCCUACCACUACUAGUACUACUGUGACUAGUACAACUACUAGUACAAUUACCAGUGAAUAUACUAGUUCAAAAAUGAAAGUGGCAGCGACGACUAAAUCUGCUCCGUAUUCACCAUUUGACAUGUGGCGUAUCUUGGAACGGUGGAAAAGUGAGGAUCAAAAGAAAGAUAAAACAAGUGAUGUAUUGACGGAUGUGGAAAUGACGACAAAAAUACCGAUGAAAAAGAAUGGGAAAAAGGAACUGCCCGUGGGAAAGAAUAGGGGACUAACUGAAGAAAAGCUGGUGGGUAAAGUAGAAAAACCAAAACAGGUUGUGACAGGGGAAUCAUUGGAUGAAAAGGGAGCUUCAGAUCUUAAACCAGAACGAGAACCUGUGAUGAAACCAAUCCAUAAACCAUUGGAGAAAACCACUAAGACACCAUUGGUAGAGAAGUUAAAACCUACUAGAAAACCAAAGGAGAUAUCAACAGGAAGGCAACAACCAGAUGAAAAGCCAAAACCAAAGGAAAAGACAAGUUCGGAAGAUACAGAUAAGGCAAAGGAAAAACCAGAGCAAAGACCAAAGGAAAAACCUGAGCAAAAGCCAAAGGAAAAACCAGAGCAAAAGCCAAAGGAAAAACCAAAGGAAAAACCAAAGGAAAAACCAAAAGAAAAACCAAAAGAAAAGCCAAAGGAAAAACCAAAACAAAAGCCAAAGGAAAAACCAAAAGAAAAGCCCAAUAGGCAUGUGACGAUUACUCCAAAACCAGCUAAACCUACCCCUAGACCAUGGGUGCCACCAACUCGUAGACCAAGGGUAAAACCCACAGGAAAACCAAGACAGCGUCCAACGUGGGAGGUUGUUGAGAAACCUAGGCCUACUAGAAAGGUUCCAGGAACCUUGAGACCCAGAAAACAGGAGCGACAAACUCCUAGACCUGCAGUGAUUGUACCUACUCAACUACCUUGGUGGAAAGCAUUUCUUGAGCCUGAGACGACUACAAAGCCAACGCCAGCCCCAGAAUCGAAACAGACCAGAAAACCACCAAUUUCAACAGAUUAUUAUAAAUGGACCCCACGACCAAGGAAAGGUCCAUUGGAGAGGCGUAUUCCUACCAUGAAUCCUGGGCAGAAACCACAACCUACAAGAAAGCCAACACCAACUAGAAAGCCAACACCACAGAGACCAUGGUGGGAAGCAACACAAGCACCAGAGACCUACUGGGAGAAGAAAAAGCUCUUUACGGAUAAUCCUUCAAUGGUUACGACGCUGGCGCCUCCUAUGGUUGUGAAAGGUGGUGACCAUCCUUGCGAAAGUGUCUCAUGUGGACCUUGGGAGGAGUGUCGGAUCGACCGCCAGGGACGAGCGAAGUGUGCAUGUCCUCCACCCUGCGAGCCCAUCCUCCGUCAGGUUUGCGGAAGCAAUGAGGAGACGUAUGACAAUGAGUGCGAAUUGAAGCGGGCUGCUUGCCAGAGCAAGAAAACAAUCACCAUCAAGUUUAUGGGUCCAUGUGGUAGAGACAGUCCAUGCAGUAACCACAAUUGUGAAUAUGGUGCAAAGUGUAUCGUGAAGAGUGGUGAGCCAGCGUGUGAGUGCCCGACAUGCAUGGAGGACAUGAGCCCAGUUUGUGGUACGGAUGGCAUCUCCUACAACAACGAGUGUAAGCUCAAGGCCGAGAACUGUGUGAAGCGUUCAAAUACUCAAGUCAAGCAUCAGGGACUAUGCAAUGGCUGUGAAAAUGUUCGCUGUGACUUCUUCUCGAUCUGCCAGAGUGAUGAAAAGGGCGGUGGAAAGUGUGUCUGUCCCGAAAGCUGCAUACAGGAUGAAUACGACUUCUACUUUACUAAAAUUGAACAGCCUUUUGUUGAUGCCAAAGUGUGUGGCAGUGAUGGCGCCACCUAUCAGAAUGAGUGCCAACUGAAAGUGACGUCAUGUCGGAAACAGAAGUUCAUCAUGGUUGCUUCAUAUGGUCCAUGCGACCAAUGUGCUGGUAUCAAAUGUCCUACCGGCGCCCGCUGUGAGAAUGGUGAAUGUGUCUGUGAGCAGUUCUGCCCUGAGAGAUACAGUCCGAUCUGCGGCAGUGACGGGCAAACAUACAUGAACGAAUGUGUUCUGAAACGGACGGCUUGUUUACGGAAUACGGACAUUGAGGUCAGGCAGAAUGGAGAUUGCGACAUUGAUGGCUGGUCAGGGUCUGGAGGGAAAGCGCCAAAUUUCCAAUCCUCAGGGACGGACGUUUGCGACGAGGAAUCUUGCCGGUUUGGUGGUGUUUGUAAAAAUGAUGCUGACGCAGAAGGAACCAAUGGCUGUGUGUGUAACUUCAGCUGCCAGGACGAAAGUGAUCCGUCACCAGUCUGCGGCAACGACGGCCGCAUCUACAACAGUCUCUGCAGCAUGAGAGAGGCGUCCUGCCUCAAACAAAAAGAUAUCGCAGUCAUUGCGUUGAGUAGUUGCAAAGGUCGGUCGGGUUUAGAUAAGCCAUGUGACGGCAAUGCACCGCUGGUGAAUGCCCGCACGGGCCUUGAAUACGAUUGCUCCACGGGCCGUGAUACGUGUCCCGUUAGCACCUACUGCCACAAGGGGUUAAACUACGCCAAAUGCUGCGAAGAAAGUAUGUCGGACUCCUAUCAGGUAAAGCGCUGUGAGGACCGGCGCUACGGGUGCUGCCCAGAUGGUAAGACACCCGCCCCUGGACCAAAUGAUGCAGGAUGUCCUAGUGUGUGCAACUGCAAUCCGAUUGGCUCCUACAGUGCCGUGUGUGACCCAAUUACGCUGCAGUGUACGUGCAAGCCAGGGGUUGGUGAUCGGCAGUGUAAUCGCUGUGAGCCAGGGUACUGGGGUCUGCCACUAAUCAACGAGGGGAACAGUGGAUGCACACCGUGUGCCUGUAACCCAUUUGGCGCCGUCCGUGACGACUGUGAGCAGAUGACAGGCCGCUGCGUCUGCAAACCUGGCAUCACUGGCAUGAAAUGCAACAUGUGUCCGGACGGUUCUGUCCUUGGACCCGGAGGCUGCAAUGACUCGCCCAACUCGUGUUCAACUCUCAAAUGUUAUUACGGUGCCAAGUGUGUCAUCAAGGCAGGUAUGCCACAGUGUGACUGCGAGGCUUGUAAGGAUGAAGACUUCGCACCCAUCAAGGUGUGCGGGACUGACGGACAGACGUAUGGGUCAGAAUGCCAGCUGAAGACGUUUGCGUGUCGUCUUCAGAGAGAUAUCGCUGUGGCUUAUGAGGAGCCAUGUAAAAUGAGUCCAUUCCCAGACACAACACCACGGCCUAUCCCAAGGUCACGGAAAACUACCCGCCAUAUUGGCAGCCGGAAGACGACGCGUCACCUGACCAUGCCAACAGUUGACCCGCCAAUACUCACUCUAAAUGGUAAAAAGUUCAAAAAGCAGAAAAAGCCUAAAAAGGCAAAACAAAUGAAGAAGAAUAGAAAGUCCUUCCGUGGGGGUCGGCGUAUGAGACAACGGAAAUUAAAACUAGGCAGACGACGACAGGCAGACUAUCGUCAUGAUGUGGCGAUUAUUGUGCCACAAUUUGCCGGCACGUCUUACAUGGAGCUGAGGAAGAUACCCAAUGCCAACAUGGACCUGACCAUCGAGAUGGAUUUCCGCACGCUGAACGGCGAUGGCAUCCUGUUGUAUAACGGCAAUAACGUAAAAGGUGGGGGAGACUUCCUGUCUUUGGCGAUGAAAGAUGGAUAUUUAGAGUUCAGAUUUGAUCUGGGAAGCGGCAUUGCCGUCGUAAAAAGUCGCAAAAAAAUCGCGCUGAAAGAAUUCCAUCAGAUUACGGCGUAUCGUGCCGGACAGACUGGUAUUCUGAAAAUCGAUGAUGAAAAAGACGUCAUUUCUACCAGCCCCGGUGAUCUCCGGUCAUUGAAUCUUAAUGAACCGCUCUAUCUUGGCUACAUACCGGAGCUGUCAAAGGGGAUAAUUGAGGAUAUUGGUUUGGACAUGGGUUUGGUCGGCUGUAUCCAGUCUCUGAAGGUGUUUGGACGCGACUUCAUGAAGGAGUACAACUUGGUUUAUCCCGAGUCCCUCGAUGUCCAGGGAGCAAGAGGCUUAGUUGAAUGUGGCAACAAUCCGUGUAACAGCCUCCCGUGCCAGAACGGAGGGUUGUGUAUGACGGUGGACGAGACUAAGUUCAAAUGUAUCUGUGAGCCAGGAUACGAAGGUGAAACGUGUUCCGAUGCCAUAGAUGUGUGUAAGUCCAACCCCUGCGCCAAGGGGUCAUCUUGCAUCAAUGUCGGCGAUGGCACAUACAAGUGUAAAUGUCCGUUUGGAUUCUCCGGCGAGCAUUGUGAAAAAGAACAAUCGUGGAAGAUUUCACUUGUACAUUACGGUAACAAUGAGAAACCUGAGCCUAACUACCAGGCCGACAACUUCGUCCCGAAGUUUAACGGCGACUCGUACAUUGAGUAUAAAUAUAACGACAACGCCUACACAAAGAUAGCCUUCGAGGUGUGGUUCCUCACUUAUCAAGAUAAUGGAGUGCUCCUGUAUAACGGGCAGAACAAGGAUGGAAAAGGCGACUAUUUGUCACUGAAUCUCGUCAAUGGCUACCUCCAGUUCAAGUUCGACCUCGGCAGUGGCAGCGCCAAUAUUGUGAGCACAGGUAAAGUUUCUAAAAACGAAUGGCACAAGGUCGUCAUUGAACGAAAUAAGCAGUCCGGCUUCAUGGACCUCAACGAUGAGGCAAGAGUCAAUGGGAGGUCAAAGGGCCUGCUCCAGUCCCUCAAUCUCGACCAGCAGCUCUAUAUUGGAGGGUUCAGGAACAAGUUUGGUGUGACAGUUGAGUCUGGUGUCACCACUGGGCUGCGUGGGGCGAUACAAAGGUUGUAUAUUAACGGACGUCACAUCGAAAAUCUUCCCAAAGUUGCCUCCGAUAUGGAGCGUGUCACAGCCUACCUCGGUCCCCCAUGCGACAACAACCCAUGUCUCAACUCUGGCACGUGCUUACCCGUACUCAGCCAAGUCAAGUGCAAGUGUCCCAUGACUCACGGUGGGAAAUAUUGUGAGACAGCUCUCCAAGAUAUCUCAGCAGUCGCAGAAGCGAAACCGAUCCAAUUUGACGGCAACACAUUCCUCAAGUACUUUAAUCGCAUCAACAGAAAGGAAAUCGGCCAAAAAUCCAACCAUUUUAAACUGAGAUUUAAGACAAAAGCCAAGAAUGGCUUAUUAUUAAUCCAGCACAAAUCACCACAUAUUAGUGGCGACUUCGUGACGUUAACAAUCGUGCACGGAAACGUCGAGUUAGGCUAUAAUCUCGGCAACCAGAAAGAAUUCAUGACGAUUAAAUCACCUGUAGAUGUCGCUGAUGGCAAGUGGCAUACUGUGGAGGUUAAACGCCAAAAGAGAAAAGGCAGUAUAAAGGUUGAUAACGGUGAAACCUUUACGUCCGUUUCUGGACAGGGGGCGACACAGUUGGACUCAGAUGGACUUCUAUGGAUAGGUGGUAAACAGAAUCUUCCGACGGGUUUGCCGCGAAAGUAUUACGAGUCGUUUGUUGGGUGCAUCAAAAAGGUGGAAGUUGACAAUGAGGAGCUGAACAUGGUCAAAGACAAGCAAAAUGAAGUUGCGAUCGUCUUCUGUGAUAAUAAAUAUAAAUAUAAAAGAUAUUGAGGUCCAAAACGUCAUUUUACGCCAUUAUGCAAAUUAACCCAGAUCUCUGUGAGAUGUUAUAGUUUGUAUGUUAAUGAUGUCAUCAGGUGACUUUUCUGUCUGCUUUGCGUUUUCCAGGUAUUUUGCGCCAAGGUAAAAAAGGUUCCGAGAAGGCCAAUUGGAGCCUUGUAAUCUUCCGAAACACUUUUAUUUUCAUAAGCCUGAUAUAGACUAAUAGACUAAGGCCAAUAGAAAAAUAAGACAUUUGGUUGAGUACCUAGUCUAGCUGCACGGCUUGUACGCCAUCAGACUGGGGAAAAGUUUGCUUUACUGGGGGAAUUUGCUUUCUAAGUUGAUCGCCAGUCAAAGAGACCACACCACUGUGGCUCCUAAUAGGAAAUAAAGAUUCAAAUUUGGGCUGUGACAAAAUACAUGGGUUUAGCGUAGCAACAUAUCGCUUCUUUUCGGUAAGUGUCUUAGAAAAAAUACCUGGAAAGGCAACAGAUAAGGAAGAGGCAUCGAUGGGAGGGAGCUGAUCGAAUGGAGAUGGUGCAUAUUGGGACAGGAGCAUGUAUAGAGAAAGAGUAAGGGAAGGUGAUUACAAUGAAUUGAGCCUCUUUUUAAGAUGCUGUAUAUUGUAAAGAGUGACUUUGCUGAGCUUAACUGAGAUGUAGUGAGGUAAGGUAGUACAAUUAUGGUCUUUGUGUGCAUGAAAGUGGUACGGGCUACAUUUGUACCCUGGUUAUUGUUAUUGUAGUAAAGUAAGGUGUUACAGUUACAGCCUGUGUGUGCCCCAAUGUAUACUUGUUGUUUUCUACACUAUAGGGAUAAUAACUGUACCACUUUCAGCUCAUGUGGUGAAGAGUGACCUCUGAGCUUAUCUGAGAUGUAGUAAAGUAAGGUGGGACAAUUAUAACCUAAUGUGCAUUGCCACGUGUUUUCUACACUGUAGGAUUUAUAAUUGUACUGCUUUUCCUUAUAUGUUCUGUCUCCUAGAUGGUUGGUCCAAAUUUGACAGUAAUUGGCUCUCCAGAAAGUUUUGAAACAUAUUUCUGGAGGCAGGAGAUUUAAUGGUAGGUAAUUAUUUGUCAUGGGGAGAGCUCUAAAGGUAAAGCAUUCUUCUAAAGCACCCUGCACACUUUAUGACUAAGGAGUGGCGAGUGCAUGUUUUUAACGUGGGCCGACAUUUACUGAGAGUGUAACAACACUGUCUUUCUCAACCAGCUGUUAAAGUAUAAUCAUUUAUAAGAUGAUAACAAUGAUUGAGAUUUGAUACAUUUUAAAGGAACACAAUCAUUUUCAUCAUUAUGAGUGACGGCAGGCAUUAUGCUUGACAUCAGGACAACAUGGGUGAGAUAUCUUGCUUUCUCUUGCAAAAAUCGCUUCAAACAAGCUAACUAUAAAAUCAUUUAACUGCAAUAAACUCUUCACUAGAACGGUUAUGUAACCAUUGGCCUCCCUGAAAUUUACAAGCCACCGAGAACUAGUGAAGUAAACCAGUAAUCCCUGUGUUUGGUGAUUGCCAGUCGCAGCAAUCGCAGAUUUAUGUCGCAGUCGCCUUUGAUGACCACCGCAAUUUAACGAUUUUUGUCGCAUGCGAUCUGCAGGUGGCUGUGACAAAAAUCGCUUGUUGCAGAUUGCUAAAGUCUGUCAAGGUAUUUGAUAGUAUAUUGUGUAACAAAACUGUGUUCAGAAUAUGUAAAUACGAUUAAUAAUGCUCUAUGUAACCAGCUCCUCAUUAUGUAUAUAUAUGCGCAUACAUUAACAUACAUUAUGUAGUGUAUAAAAUUGAUAGUAAGCCAGGUUAUGACAUUAGUUGCCAAAUUAUGAGGGAGAAAACUAGAAGGAUAGAACAGCGCUAUGUAAUAUUGUCAAGUGUAUGUACAUGUGUACAUACAUGUACAGCUGCUGUUCUACAAAAUAAACUCACUCCCUAUUCAUUAGAACGUGUUCUUGUAUUGUGUAAACAUUUGUAUGUCCACAGCAUUAACUUUCAAUAUUUUCUGAACUGACUGUUUUUUGGCUGAUUUGUCACUUUGUCACACCCUGUAAUUGUUUGAUGUUAUUCUGCACCUGUCCUUGUCAAUCAUAAAUGCAGAGUUACUUGAGUCCUCGCAUUAUAGGCUUGGGUUACAUAGAAUUCAUGAUGUUUUUGAAAACAAAAAGGAUUUAAAGAGCGGGUUACAUAUGAUUCGUUAUGUCACCUUUGACCCAUUUGUCGUGCCAAGUCAUGUUUUCAAGUCUGAGUCAAGGAACAAUAUGCUCGUUUCAAGUGACACAUGAUAAGGUGAAUCCUAGGUAAACUCAUUCACAGAUCACUUUACAGGGUAGGCCUAUAAUGUCUGUAUAGAAGUUAUCUCUAUCUUUCAGUUCACUUCUGAGCCUUUAGAGGGGUACGCCAUUCAUUCUCAUAUUAUUAAGUGUUUGUGCAACUAAAUCUAUUUCAUUUUCUUACGUCAGGCAAUGCCAAUAGUCAGUCACAAUGCAUGCCACAUGCAUGCCACAUCCAUGCCACAUGCAUGCUCGCGUGUUUUUUUUCUUUUGCUGCUGUGUAGGUAUACACUAUUAUAAAGAUACUCCACGCAUCAAUUGUCAUCGCCUUGACAUGUAUGGUUCACCGUACAGCAGUGCAGUGUUUAAUCCUAUUUUCCUGUUCCACCAGUAAUGCAAUCUACACCAACAGCGUACCCCUUUAAACAUAGCGCACAAUUAUCUUGUGUCAAAUCCCUGUAUAAACUGUACAUGUUACCUCACUAGAUCACACUCUCUGUAAUGUCUGUCUCUAAGAAAACUGAAAGUAACACAUCAGGCCUCCCAGCCUCAAACCCUGUAUGUAGACCUAAAAUGUAUUUAUUUCAAUGCCUGACUGUUUGUAAUAGACUUGAACAGGUUUAAUGUGCAAACUUCAUUUAGUUUUAUUUGAAUAAACUGGAUAUUAUAUUAUUAAA